UGAAAAUUAAUUCGACAAUAAAAAAUACAGAGUGAAAACUCCGGCGUCAGAUCAAAAUAAUGAAUAUCAUCAAAACAAAAAUCAAAAACGUUAAAUAAAAAAGCAAAAGUUUUGCGACAUUCGGCAGUGAGGGAAAGCCAAAACCACCAACAACUAAAUUACUUAGAAUAUAGCCCGACUAAAGAACAAAACCAAAAUGCGAAGAGUCUCGAGCAAAAUGAAAGUAACCACAACCACAGCGGCAGCAAACAUAACCACAACAAUGCUUGCGGUACAGCAGCGAAGGCAACAUUGCCAUUGUGGCAUGCAACAGCGACGACGACACCAUCACCACCGCUACCAGCUACACUUGACACAGCCGCUGAGGCACAUAUUGGCGUUGUUUGUCAUCAUCAUUUGCGUGCAAGGAAUAAAUUGCUUUCAACGAUUCUCAGAACAACCAAAGUAUAGCGAAGUGAAUCCGGGUCAGGACGCCUUAUUAACAUGCAAAGUUAUCGAUAAGCGAGGCACAUGCUCAUGGCAAAAGGAUAACAAGCCCGUAGGCAUCUAUGCCAAAAAAUACGAAUGGGCUGCCCGCCCUUCCAGCAACAACGUCGGUAGCCUGCAUUUAGACUUACACCCGCCGCCAAUGCAAAUUGGUGGUGAUUGUUCGCUCUGGAUACGUUCAGCGACGCUGGACUUCGAUGAUGGCUUGUGGGAAUGCCAAGUGACGGCGAGUGAUUUCACAACACAGGAUGCACUCACCAGUCAGCCAGUGCGAUUGGUUGUCAGAGUUGUGCCACAACGUCCACGCCUGGAGUAUGAGGGUGCACAUGUGCCGCCCGGUCAUAAUAUACCCAUAGAGUCAGGCGCACUGGCGACCGUUAAAUGUGUAUCGCACUAUGGCAAUCCGCCGGCGACGCUCAAAUGGUAUCUUGGUGACCAAGAGAUUCAACCGAUUCAUCCGCAAAUCAACAACACUGAAGCGGAUAAUCCUCGCACCUGGUCGGCAACAUCUGUAGUGCAGGUGACAGCUAUGCGUGAACGUCAUGGUGAUAUUUUACGUUGCUUGGCCUUUCAUGAGUCCUAUACGGCAAAAUCGGUGCCGGUGGAGGCGCGUAUGGAUGUUAAAUAUGCGCCAACGAUCCGUCUAAUUGGCUCACCGGAAAUCGACUUGGAGGAGGAUAAGGAUGCGCUUAUCCUGCGUUGCGUCGCCGAUGCCAAUCCACCGGCAAGCAUCGUUUGGCGACGCGCCGGACGUUCGGAAAUUGCCAGUUUGCAGGAAACCCUGCAACUACGUCCUGUGGGCCGUCGGGAUGCCGGUCUCUACACAUGCCAAGCACAAAAUUCUGUAGGCACCUCAGACCAACUCUCCGUGCAGUUGGACGUUAAAUAUCCACCGAAAAUUGUCUCAGCCGGUCCAGAUCGGCUUACUACAGCGCCACUUUUCAGUCCAGCCGCAUUUGAAUGUGUCGCCGAAGGCAAUCCAAUGCCGAACUACAAAUGGGUGCAAAGAAUCGCCCACGGUUCCAAGUUUGUGGAACGUGGCAGUGAGCCACGUCUCGUCAUCGAUAAUGUGACCUAUGACUAUCAGGGCGAAUAUGAAUGCCGUGCAACUAAUUACAUAAACGGACAAGAACGGGUUGCAGUAUCCGAGCCAAUCUCCUUGCAAGUUGUGGGUGCUCCACAAGUAUUACGCCCACAUCCAUCAAUGCACACCAUUUCAGUGAAACGUGGCGAACCAGCCAGUAUGUCAUUGGUAGUCUGCGCAGAUCCACGACCACAUCGAGUCUCCUGGGAAUGGGGAUCAUUGCGGCUGGAAGCUGGUUCAGGAAUUGACCGCUUUCGCGCCGACGACAUGUUGCAGGACUCACGCGAGGAUUGCUACCUCUCCACUUUGCAUAUUCUACACACCGAUGAACACGAUUCGCGUCCCUAUUAUUUGGUUGUGGAGAAUGAGCGCGGCACCGAUCGUCAUGCCAUUCAUUUGAAUGUGGAGGGUACGUUUGCAGGUGCAGAGUAA